CGCUGGUUUUGAAGUUCCUCCUCUGGGUGGCGUAACGAGAGGCCGGCUGCACCUUCAGAUUGUUCUAGCAGCGGCAGUACCUGGAGAGAGAGGGACCCGAGGCAAGCGGCGGAAUGAGCCUGACACCGCACGUGUUCUGGGCACAAAGGCACCACGAGCUGUACCUGCGGGUGGAGCUGAGCGAUGUGCAGAACCCAGACAUUACUAUCUCUGACAAUGUACUUCAUUUUAAAGCCCAAGGACAUGGAGCUAAAGGGGUUAAUAUAUACGAGUUUACCUUGGAAUUCUUCGCACCUGUAAAGCCAAAGUUUAUACAGAGAUCAACUCAGCGCCAGGUUGGCAUCACUGUAAAGAAGAGCGAGAAGAUUUGGUGGCCACGGUUGAUCAAACAGGAACGCAAGCCUCGGUUCCUAGCACCAGACUGUGAUCGCUGGCUAGAUGAAUCAGAUGCAGAGAUGGAACUGCGAGAGAAGGAAGAAGAAAGAAUAACGAAAAUUAGAACAGAAUCUAGAAAACGAGAAGAUCCUUUCCUGUAUCUGAAGCGUGGCUAUUUAUUCAUGUAUAACCUUGUGCAGUUCUUGGGAUUUUCCUGGAUUUUUGUUAACAUGACGGUUCGACUUUUCAUUCUUGGGCAAGACUCUUUUUAUGAUACUUUUAAUACCAUGGGCGAUAUGAUGUAUUUCUGUCAGACUCUGGCUCUUUUGGAGAUUAUAAAUCCCUUAAUUGGAUUGGUGAAAACAGGAGUUGCACCAGCAUUGAUCCAGGUCUUGGGUAGGAAUUUCAUUCUCUUUUUCAUUCUUGGGGAACUGGAUGAAAUGCAGACAAAAGCCAUCGUCUUCUUCAUAUUCUACCUAUGGAGCUCCAUAGAAAUUUUCAGGUACCCAUUCUACAUGCUGGCCUGCCUAGACAGUGAGUGGAUGCUGCUAACGUGGAUUAGAUACACAAUUUGGAUUCCACUUUACCCCUUUGGAGCACUGGCAGAAGCUGCAUCGAUUAUCCAGGCAAUCCCCAUCUUUAAUGAGACAGGAAGAUUCAGCCUGCGGCUGCCUCCACCCCUUGAUUUUACUGUCAGCUUCUCUGUAUUCCUUGUUGUUUACUUGGUUCUGAUAUUUCUGGGACUUGCCAUCAAUUUACGGCAUUUACUUAAACAAAGACGCAGGCGUUUGGGAAGCAGAAAGAGAAAAAUGCAAUAAACAGCCUACAGUAUGUUCCCUGCACUGGACACUGGAAACCUCACCCAGGGACAUAAGCAGCGGUGUCUCCAACCACUCUGAUUCUAAUUCUUCAUUCCAUCCUACUCUCACAUUCCUCUCCUUUCCCUGCACUGCAUCCCUUUUAAAGAUGUUCCAGUCCCAUCUGUCAUGUUUUCUGAACAUUCAAACUGGUGUCCGAAACUUCAGCAAAACCCUUGCUGCUUCUGGUCUGUCAGUUAGUUUGUAUCAUUUUACAGCCAUGGCAUUUGCUUACAGUACAGGCCACUCUAAUAGACUCAGCUGCAGUCGGUAUUCCCAUUGGCUGAGGCCAUAGCUCAGGGCAGGGGUGGCCAUAGAGAGACUUUUAAUUUAAUAAUUCUAACAGAUGAGAAUCUCAGUAGAUAUAUGGUUAAUAUUUUAUGGAUACAUAGAAGCUAUAAAGACAGUAGGUUAAUAAGGUGGCAAUAUAGAAAAUCUUGUUGCCAUAGUUAAAUGUACAAUAUAAGUCUUACAUGCAACUUGUAAGUAGGGCAGCUAAUAUUUAACCUCUUGUUCAUCAGACUGAGCCUCCAUCAAUUAUCCAAACAUAUAUCAUUUUUUUUUUAAAGACGCAACUGUCACCAAACUUACAUUUUCCUGCGGAAUAGUGGGGUUAAUUCCUGCUGCUUUGCCUUUACUAGCCAUGCCACAGGGGAAAUCAGGCCUUGUCAUACCUACAAAAGGGAAAAAAAGGAAGGAGGAGCAAUUUAUUGCUUCUAUUCUAUUCGCUAAAUCACUAACCAGAAAUACCAGCCCUAUAGGGGGAUAAAAGCCUCAUCCGUUCUGUAAUGUUUUUAUUAGCAAAAAAAACCCCAACACAUUCCUUUUAAAAUAUUGCACAUGACUUUGUUUUCUCCACCAAGAAUAAUAAAAAUGUUUUAUUCUGGAAA